GCCCGUCGCGGACGUACUGUACGACAGCCCCCUCAAGACAACCCUCAAAAUGCCCAGCAGCAAAGUCAAGGCCUACGAGCUCCAGUCCAAGUCCAAGAAUGACUUGACCAAGCAACUCAAUGAGCUCAAGACCGAGCUUCUUUCGCUGCGCGUACAGAAGAUUCUUGGUGGCUCGGCCUCAAAACUUACCAAGAUCAACAUUGUGCGCAAGUCGAUCGCACGGGUCUUGACGGUGAUGAACCAGAAACAACGCCAAAACCUCCGAGAAUUCUACAAGAACAAGAAAUUCCUCCCUCUUGAUCUCCGGCCAAAGAAGACGCGUGCGAUCAGACGAAGACUGACCAAGCGCGAGGAAUCAUUGAAGACGCUCAAGCAAAAGAAGAAGGACAUACACUUCCCCAUUCGCAAGUAUGCCGUCAAGGCAUAGGCGUGAAUGUGUUGUUGGCUGGGUGUGAGAGGGCCCAUCAUCAUGCUGGAGAUUUUUCUGUUUUUGCAUUUUCAUAUUUGUAUGCCCUACGCCUUGAUCAACUCGACAUGCAUGCUAUGCCAUGACUCUGUUUGAUUCAGCAUACAAACGGACCGAUUGUGACUUGAACAUUGUAUGAUUAGUACCUGUACCAUAUGGGUCAUGUGCACGGGAGCAGCCCGGAGCACUCUCGCGGUCCUGGGAUCGAUGCACU